CACGAUUGUUUCAACCCCCUUUUCAAGGACAAGGAUAUCUACUUCACUCUGCGCCAUAUUGUCAACGGUAAUUCUAGGGGCCGCUUACAUGAACCUGUCGGAGAUCAUGGUUGGCUUAAGCGGUAAUGGUGGGUUGUUGGCCAUAUUGGCAGCGCGACGGACUUGCUCUAUUCAAGGAUGGUGGCUCCGGUAGUUUCUCCCUCACAAGUGGAGUGGAGAUUGUCUGCACGGAAUGUCCGAGACUGCCGUUGCUUCAGGUGGUUAUUUCCAGUCAAUCGUACUUCUGUUAAGCAUCUCCGACUGCGCUCAAUUGUCGGGUUGUCGAGCUGGGCGAGGCGACAUCUGACCAGUCCAACGCCUUUGACAGUGGAGAUUAAAGGAGACAGUAAGUUAGUGGUGGUGGUGGUGGUGGUGGCUACUGUCCCGACCACUUCCGUCCAGUUUUACCCCCCCCUCUCAGCUCGUGCAUGACUAGUCACUCAAUGAAUUCUGGCAUCUGUGCAUAUUGUUGAAAUCCGGGUUCUGGGGGAGCAGAGAUCUGAAUCGUGGGGCUCCAGAUGAGA